UUCCAGCAAUGUCAGUAUGUGUGCCACGACGUGCAGCAUAAUAAUUUUCUGCGAACCGAUGUAAGGAGAGGCUGAUGAAAUAACUUGAGAAAAAUCAUAAUCAAAGUUUGUGACAUAAAGUGAUUUGAUGCGAACAUAAAUAUUAGAGUGGAACUUGCAUAGUGACUCAUACAUAAGUGAGAAUUGAAAGGAAGUUGAACAAUAACAAAGAAGAAAUCGAAAAAAAUCUGUCGACUAGGUUAUUAGGAGACAGUUUCACUCACUGAAACACUUUGAAUUGAGUUACUCAAUCUUUAGAUUUAUGUAAAAAUGGAAGCCGAAUUGGACAAAAUGUCAAUCAGUGCUAUUUACACAUCCGACAAAACCGGUAACGAUGAAACUGGUGCCGGCACCAAAGAUAACCCCUUCAAAACCAUAUUGAAGGCAAUGCAUCACGCCGGAAAGGAACCGUUUCCACCAAUUUAUGUCGAUUCUAAGGACGAAAAGACAUCCGAACAGUUCGAAAUUGCGGCCAAGUCUCAAAUGAAAAAGAUCCAAAAACUCUGGCAACGUGACAAACAAAAGGAAUCCAGUAAGUCGCAGCGCGAAGAAGACGAUGCAAAGAAACGGGAACAAAAUCUCGAGGAGGCCCGAAAAAUUGUCAUCGUUGAGGAUGCGUCGUUACCAGCUGCAAAGAAGAUAAAAAUAUUCGACGGCCAGAAGUAUCGCGGUGAACGUGUGAAAAUAUAUGGCUGGGUCCAUCGACUGCGUCGUCAAGGAAAGGCAUUGAUGUUCGUAACACUGCGAGAUGGAACUGCAUUUUUGCAAUGUGUCCUCACCGAUAAACUGUGCCAGACAUACAAUGCCAUCGUUCUGUCAACGGAAUCGUCGGUAUGUCUUUAUGGCACUUUGAGUGAGGUUCCCGAGGGAAAAGAAGCCCCUGGCGGACACGAAUUGAAAGUCGAUUAUUGGGAACUUGUUGGCUUGGCACCGGCUGGUGGAGCUGAUGCUAUUUUGAACGAAGAGUCUCUUCCGGAUGUGCAAUUGGACAACCGACAUAUUAUCAUUCGCGGAGAAAAUACUUCGAAAGUGUUGAAGAUGAGAAGCGUCUUGCUGCACGCAUUUAGAAGUCACUAUCUCGAUCGAGGUUACACUGAGGUCACGCCGCCAACAAUGGUUCAAACUCAAGUCGAAGGAGGUUCCACUCUGUUUAAGCUAAACUAUUUCGGUGAGGAGGCUUUCCUGACACAAAGCUCUCAAUUAUAUUUGGAAACGGUCAUACCGGCACUGGGUGAUUCGUACUGCAUCGCUCAAAGCUAUCGCGCUGAGCAAAGUCGCACUAGACGCCAUUUGGCCGAAUACAGUCACGUAGAAGCCGAAUGCCCAUUCAUCGAUUUCGACGAAUUGUUGAACCGUUUGGAGGACUUGGUUUGCGAUGUUGUCGAUCGUGUGUUAAAGUCUCCGUACGGUUACGUUGUCAAAGAACUAAACCCUGAUUUCGUUCCACCAAAACGUCCGUUCCGACGCAUGGAUUACAGCGAGGCAAUUCAAUGGCUGAAAGACAACAAUGUGACCAAAGACGAUGGAACUUUCUACGAAUUCGGUGAGGAUAUACCAGAAGCACCCGAACGCCGGAUGACUGACACCAUCAAUGAACCCAUUAUGCUGUGUCGUUUUCCAACUGCUAUCAAAUCGUUUUACAUGUCGAAGGUUCCUGGCAACGAUAACCUCACUGAGAGCGUUGAUGUCUUGCUACCGAAUGUCGGAGAAAUUGUCGGUGGAUCGAUGAGGAUCUGGGACAGCGAAGAGUUGUUGAAAGGUUACAAGCGUGAAGGAAUCGAUCCAACUCCUUACUACUGGUACACAGAUCAACGAGUUUACGGUACUACACCGCACGGUGGCUACGGGCUCGGUUUGGAACGAUUUAUGUGCUGGCUUCUCAACCGUUAUCACAUUCGGGACGUGUGCUUGUAUCCACGCUUUUUGGACCGAUGCAAACCAUAAACUUGAAAUUUCUUCCUCUUUUGAUCAUCAAUUUGUCGGCUUAAAUUACUGACGGGCACAGAGAGCUAAAUAAAAAAUUCCUCAAUUUUGUAGCAAAUUACAUGCGCUUCAAUAAACGUUUGUGCUGAGAA